UGCGGGCGUAUCUGGCGGUGAAUCCUGGCGUGGGAACCAGGGCGGAGUGGGCGAGGGGGAUCGGGUGGGAUCAGAUGACCAUGGGCGGGACGCCGUUUGCUGCAGGAUUUGCUGGAGGAGGACGAGGUGCUCAGGGGAAAGUACUUCAUGCUGGACCGGGUGGAUGUGCAUUGUACGUGGGUGUCGAAGGCGGUGCUAGAUUUGCUGCCGCCGGAUCUGCCCGAGGAGGUGCCUGGCGGUGAGAUUGUGAGGACGCCGGGGAUGGGAGUAUUCUGCGACAAUGCCAUGGAUUUGGUCACGUCGCUGUGGCCGAAGCCAAGAAAGGAGCGGAAGAAGACGUUUGUGGCGUCGGCCAUGAGGGAGCUGCACAAGGUUGGGUUGGUGGGCAUACAUGACGCGGGCGUGCUGCCGGUGGACAUCGCCAUGUAUGACGAGAUGAGCCGGACCGAGGACUGGUCGCUCAGGGUGUACGCAAUGGUGGAAUGCUCGCGGAGGAACACGUUUUGUCCGGACGAGGCAUCCAAGCUGGAGCAUCCGGAGGGUAUGCUUUCGGUCAGGAGCGUCAAGCUGUUUGCAGACGGCGCCCUCGGAAGCUGGGGCAGCGCCAUGAUCGAGCCAUACUCGGACCGCCCGGACACAUCCGGCUCUCUCCUCGUCAACGCCUCGACUCUCACCUCUCUUGCCCGCUCCUGGUCGGCUGCCGGGUUCCAAGUCAAUAUCCACGCCAUCGGCGACCUAGCCAACCGGCUCGCCGUGGACGCCCUCGAGGCCGCCCUUAAAGACCUUUGCCCGGACUCCCACCAAGAAAACCUCUCGGCUUGCCAGGCCCGCCACCGCUUCCGCAUCGAGCACGCGCAGACCAUCCACCCGGCCGACCAAGAACGCAUGCACGCGCUGGGCAUCAUCCCCUCGAUCCAGCCGACCCACGCCACCUCGGACAUGGCCUACGUCACCCGCCGCCUCGGCGAGGAGCGCACGCGCUCCGAGGCCUACCGCAUGCGCUCGCUGCUGGAUAGCCACCCCGUCCUGGGGAGCGACUUCCCCGUCGAGCCGCCGAACCCGUUCGAAGGUAUCUACGCGGCCGUGACGAGGAAGAGCCCGCGCACGGGAUCUGGGCCGCCGGGCCACGAGGCGGGGUGGCAUGUUGAGGAGGCCUUGAGCUUGGAGCAGGCUUUGGAUGGAUUUACGCAGGGCGCGGCCAGGGGCGCGUUCCUGGAGGGGAGGGCUGGGGUGAUUCUGGAGGGAGCAUUUGCCGACUGGAUCGUGCUGGAUGAGGAUAUUGGGGGUGUGGGGAAGGAGGAGUUGAGGGGGUUGAAGGUGAGGGAGACGUGGAUCGGGGGGAGGAAGGUUUACCAGAGGGAGGUAGAGUCAGGGGAUGAGGUGAAGGAGGAUCUGUAGCGGUAAGUAAAUUUAGAGGUGCUUUUAGAGAUGGUUACAGUACAGCCCU